CGGACUAACCCCGCCCUCGGCCUGUAGUCUCGUGGAGAACGCGGACGGUGUCCUGCAGGGCACACGGCAGAGCGCAGUGCCUCCUAGCACCGGGCUGGGGGCAAGUUUUCAAUUUGAGUAUUCUCUAAAUGAAACGUGGGUAAAGCCUUAUAUAAAGAAGAGAGACUCCAAUCAACAAUAUCAAUAAUAAGUUGGAAAAGAACGAUGCUGUCCUUAAACAACCUGCAAAAUAUCAUCUAUAGCCCGACAAUCCCCUAUGUCGGCACCAUUUCUGAACAGCUGAAGCCUGGCUCUUUGAUUGUAGUCCGUGGACAUAUUCCUAAUGAUGUGGACAGAUUCCAGGUGGACUUGCAGCAUGGCAACAGCCUGAAGCCGAGGGCUGAUGUGGCCUUCCACUUUAAUCCUCGCUUCAAAAGGUCCAACUGCAUUGUUUGCAACACGCUGACAAAUGAGAAAUGGGGCUGGGAGGAGAUCACCUACGACAUGCCCUUCAGAAAAGAAAAGUCCUUUGAGAUCGUGAUCAUGGUGCUAAAGAACAAAUUCCAAGUGGCUGUGAACGGAAAGCACACUCUGCUGUAUGCCCACAGGAUCAGCCCAGAGAAGAUAGACACACUGGGCAUCUACGGCAAAGUGAAUGUCCACUCCAUUGGAUUCAGCUUCAGCUCGGAUUUACAGAGUAUGGAAACAUCUACCCUGGGCCUGACACAGAUAAGUAGAGAAAAUGUAUAUAAGUCUGGCAAGGCACAUUUGAGCCUGCCAUUUGAAGCAAGGUUAAACGCCUCCAUGGGCCCUGGACGAACUGUUGUCAUUAAAGGAGAAGUGAAUACAAAUGCCAAAGGCUUCAACGUUGACCUAGUGGCAGGAAAAUCCAGGGAUAUCGCUCUACACUUGAACCCACGCCUGAACAUGAAAGCAUUUGUAAGAAAUUCCUUUCUUCAGGAUGCCUGGGGAGAAGAGGAGAAAAAUAUUACCUGCUUCCCAUUUAGUUCUGGAAUGUACUUUGAGAUGAUAAUUUACUGUGAUGUCCGAGAAUUCAAGGUUGCAGUAAAUGGUGUGCAUAGCCUGGAGUACAAACACAGAUUUAAAGAGCUAAGCAGUAUUGACACAUUAUCUGUUGAUGGUGAUAUCCGUUUGCUGGAUGUAAGGAGCUGGUAGCUACCAUGAUUGUCAAAACCCUAAAAUACAAAACGGCUUAUGUGAUACUGGCCAUGUCAAAUGCAUCUGGCUUUCACCACAUUGUUUAUGUUGUUAAGUUGAGCUCAUACAACAUCAAGUUUUAUCUGGUAUUCUCAGGCCUGGCCAUGCAGUGUGGCUACCUCUAUGUUCAGAGGAACAAAUCUGGGGCAAUCCCAGCUUACUGCUGGUGAGGCUCUGCACAUGGGGUCCCGUCUUGUAAAACCACACUCAACAAAUGUUUAAGUGCCUAUUCUAAUAUACCAGUUAAUAGGGAUAGAAGGCAUAUUUCUUGUGUAUAUUCUCUGAGCUGUGCAUAGACACAGAGGUGCCCAGAACCAGUGUGGUCCCUGUUUUCUGGCACUCAGGCAUCCAUGAUUUUACAGUAGGGUCUUUCUGCUGACAUUGCAUUAACCCCAUUAGGGGGCAUUUGUAGUUAAGGUCAGAAAAAUAUACUAAUGGAUGGAAAACAUUACUUCCCCAGUAAUCCUUUUCAUAAUCAGCAUCCAAUCAUAUCUUAUAAGACUGUAUAACACUUAUUUAGUCGUCAUUGCUUUAAGCUUUAUAAAAUAAUUAAUAUGCUGAACAUGGCAGAAAAAUUGAGGCAAAAAAAAAAAAAAAAAAAAAAAACUGAAUUAGAACAAGUGUUCUGCUCCAAGCAGAUUUCUGCUUAUUGGCACUCAAGUCUGUGUGUGCCUGUGGCAAAGUGUGGUAGGGAAUGGAUAAAUGCAGUUUGUUAAACCUUUUUGGGUAACUGACAUCAAAAUGAGACUCAGUGAAUGUGAAUUACACAGGAGGGUAAUGUUGAGUUGGAGUGUAAACCAGUGCUUGCCCCUCUGGGUCUGAAGACAUGUCUGUCUCCAUCAGCAGUGAGGUCAGACACUGCUCUGUCUGCUAAGUAAACUUGCAUCAGCAAAUUCAACUGCCACACUCCCGUAACUUCUGUUGUUUGACUGGAGCUGGGAGAAGCCCCAGGUAAAGUCCGAUUUUGUUACAGAUAUAGUACGGGGAGGGAGAAGAGCUAAUUUCAUCAGGUCAUUUUAUGACUAAACCACAGGACAGAAUUCUGCCAGGGCUUGGGAGUAGGCACAGCCAAUUUUCCCA